GUUUGUAAUCCGCCAAUCUAACAAAGAAGAAGAAGCUUAAAUGAUUAAUCACACUCUAUACCGGCUGGUGGCAGUAAUGUGCUCGUUAACGUUUUUGCUAACAGCCCAUGAACUCCGUGAGAAGAAGAAGAAAGGGUGUCGCUGCCAGAGGAAGUGGGUAUUCCUCGGUUCUGUCGGAGCUGAUUCUGGCUGCUGACCGCUGGACAAGGAAGCGCCGCCGCGAUGCUCUUAUCCUGGUGUGUUAUUCCUGGUGCACUUCACCAUGUUCUUAAAUCUUCUUGUGACUAAGACGCGUAGAAAUUGACGCCGCUUUGCUGCAAACAACAACUACAGGAAGCAGUCAUGGCGGAGGCCGGAGCCCAUCUGACCUCAGCGGCUGUUAAUGAACUGCCAUCCAUCUUUGAAGUUCUAGCCCAGGACUCUCUGAUGGAAGCAGUCAGACCUGCACUGAGACACGCCGUCAUGGUUCUGGCUGAAUCCAACCCUUCACGCUUCGGUUUCCUGUGGAGAUGCUUUGACGAGCUUUACCUGCUGCUGGAUGUCCUCCUGCAGAACCACUUCCUGUCCCACUGCAGCGCCUCCUUCUCUGAGAACUUCUAUGGACUGAAGAGAGUCCCAGCACGACGGAGCCUCCCCGCACGCCUGGGCCUUGGCAGGAGUUUGCGCUGCAGGUCCCUGCUGCUCCUGUGCCUGCUGCCAUACCUGCGGGCCAGGCUUGAGGCCAUGUUGGCUCAGCAGAGGGAGGAGGAAGACUUCUCUAUCAGGCUGGCACAGACCUGGAAGCUGAGAUUGUACCGAGCAGCAGUGGCAGCAUACCCAUAUAUCAGCUCGGCCUACCAGGCCUGGAUCUUCUGCCAGCAUCUGCUUUUUGUUUUUGGAGUCAGCAGGACGCACAGUCCCCUGCUGUGGUUGGCCAACGUCAGAUUGGCAAGACUCAGUGGUCAGGACCUCAUAGAUAUGGAGCACAAAUCCAGCCCUGCGAAGCCAGCAGAUGGGAGGCUGGUGCAGAGAACAUGGUGGCUGCUGUCCCAAGCCGCACAGGGUGCAGCCGUCUCCCUCUCCACCUCCCUCUCUCUGGGCGUCUUCUUCCUACAGUUCCUGGAGUGGUGGUAUUCCUCAGAAAACCAAAGCACGGUGAAAACCGCUACCUCCCUGCCAGCUCCUCCACCCCCGCUCCAUCUGCAGGGCCUCGACACGCAGGCAGCCGCCGACAAGAAGAAUUGUCCCCUGUGCCUAAAGCUGCGAACCAACUCCACCGUACUGUCGACAUCAGGCUUUGUCUUCUGUUAUCGCUGCGUUUACGCUUACGUCAAGGCUAACCGCUGCUGUCCGCUCACUGGAUUCCCCACAGAACUGCAACACCUCAUCAAGAUCUAUGAGCCGGAGAGUUAACUUUCUGAAGGCUGCUUUGGCUGCUGACCCUCUUUGGAGAAAUGUGGCCUUCCUUUUAUCUCAAUUCCUAACUCUGCUUGUAUUAACAGCUCUAUAGAAAGGACUUUAUAAAGAGUAGAAUUAUCCCUCUUUGCUGUGAAUAUUUUACUCUCAGUGUUGAGAAAUUUGGAUCCAGUGGUGUUUUUUACUUUGCAUUGAUAAAUAAGCAUUGAUUAAAUAAAGAUCAUAAUAUAUAUAUUCUAGUGCUGCUAAUAAAGUCUGUUUCAGCUUCCUUUGCAGAGCUUUUUCAAAUUUAGCCACAUUGCAGGAUUCCCAUUGAGUCUUGGUUGAAUCCAGAUAUAUCCUCUUCACCUUUCAUGGGCUUCAAAGUUGUCCAGAUGUAUCAAAAGGAUAAAAUGUGUAUUACUGAAGUAGAAGUAUAAAUCCUACUGUUUAAAAACACUUCUGUAGUAAUUACGACAUCAAUUUAAGCUUUUUACUGCAGUAAAAUUGUAAAAGCACCAUUUUUAAAACUACUUAAAGUAUAAAAUUAAAAGUAAUGCAGUAAGAAAUGUUAAGGACAGAUGCUCAAUCCAUCAAUUUCUUUAUUGUCAACUACAAUUUGCCAUGCGUGCCACAGAACACUGCCGUUGGUACGAUCUUAGGGCUGCCUGCUUACUAGCGCAGCUUUAAAAUUAAAGGAGAAUUUUUUUUCUACAAUUCUGUUUGAUAGCUUC